AUGGCUAAUCCGACCCGUCUCUAUCAGACAGUUGUUGGCCUCAGUCGCCAUCUAGUCGACCAAAUAGAUGAAAAACAAAUCCUGAUCGAUAGAGCACACACUCUGCAAAUGCAAAAUUCUUUUAUGAGGAGAGACAAGGAAAACAUGAUCCGACAGAACCAGAAUACAUUACUUGAGACACGUCGACGUGAAAGACUGUUGGAAGGAGAAAAUCAAAAUUUGAAGGGCGUUCUCAAUAAAAUCACCUCCCUAGCGUCAAGCCUUCGGACGCAGCUAAGCUCGACAGACAAAGCUGAAGUUCUGGAGCAGAUUUUAGUUGAAACUCAAAACUGGUGUGGCACUCAAUCUGUGAGGAUGGAAACGGCGAACCGUGAACCACAUUCAGAGAGUAAUUCGAUGGAGGAGGAUUGGGCCUUGCACGAAGCAUUGAACGAGGAUUAG